AUGGCUCCAUAUGAAGCUCUAUAUGGUAGGAAGUGUAGGUCUUCUGCCGGUUGGUUUGAAGUCGGAGAACCUAAUUUAUUUGGGCCAGACCUUGUUCAUCAGGCUGUUGAAAAGGUAGGCCAAGUAGCUUGUGAAUUGGAGCUACCAUCGAGCGCGUUAGUUCAUCCAGCUUUUUCAUAUAUCCAUCCGAGAAAAUGUGUUGGAGAUCCCUCUAGAAUCAUACCUGUUGAUGACAUCCAAGUCAUAGAGAAUCUAACAUAUGAGGAAGAACCAGUUGUUAUUCUCGACCGACAAGUCUGCAAACUCAGAAACAAAGAUGUGGCUUCAGUGAAGGUUCUAUGGAGAAGUAAGGACAAGGAAGAGAUGAAGUGGGAAGCCGAAGCAGAAAUGAAGUUGAAGUACCCUCAUUUAUUCCCUGCCCCAGCUAAUACCGUCCCAGAAGAAGUCUUGUAA